AUGUUAUACUUCUUCCACCACUAUGAACUGCCCGUGAUACAACAGCAGGCUCAACUUCAGCAACUCUUAUUGCGUACCCAUCAUGGCACGUUAGGUGGGAUGAUGGGCUUGGCAGGUAUAGCGGCUCUGGCCAGCGGGACUGCGUACCACGAUGCCCCAGGAACUGGAACUCAAGCGACACCCCCAACUACUCAAUCUACGACCCAAACUGUACAAAACACAGUGCAGUCUACCACCCAAACCUCUCCCUCUGUAUCUACAGUGCAAACUAAUACCACUCAUACGGGAGAUGUUAUUUUCUCCCGAAGCAUAACCGAAACUAACGCAGCAGGUACCAACACUCCAUCAACUAAUACUGAAGACAGAGCCGUGGCCACUUCUGAUCCACCAUUAAACACGCUUAAAAAAUCUAGCACUUCCGACGAAGGUAUCAAGAUAGAAGAAAUCAAAAGAAAAACAUCUAAUAGCGACAUUCAAAUAAUACACAACGAAAAUAGUGUAAGCCUUUUGGAUAAUGCUAAAAAUGUAACUCCAGAUUCUAAUGAGCCAAGUGAAAACUUUGGCUCCGUAGAAUCUCCGAGUUUGACUCUUGAUCGUCGACGCAAAUUCGUAGCGCCCGCAAGUAAUGACCCGGUUAUACCGGAUGUAACUACAAGAGUCGCUCCCAGAGCUUCGCCUGAGGCUGACGAUCUUAUUUAG